AUGGCUGCAGCAUUUAGAGCAGUGUGGUCGCAGCUACUGAAGGAGGGGUGGAAAUCCAGCAGGCCAAGGGGGCUGGAGACCGACUAUACGUACCUUCGCCCCGGCAAGACCAAGGCAGACGUGAGGGGCGUGGACUACUUCGUAGGUGACGAGGAACUGCUGAAGUAUCUGGACAGGCUAGCUCUCGAGGAGGUGAGACAGAAGAAGGCCAAGACAACGACACACGCUCUCCCAUCUGCAUCGUCAUCUAACAAUGCUGGAGCUGCUAGAGGAGAGGGAACGUCAUGUACUGCUGCGGACGCUCGAGCAGAUAACCUAGCCAAUGUGGAUCUGCAUUCAGGGGCGGUGCCGAGAAUCACAGGUGGUACAACGCCUGAACAAGUACACACACCAAAUGAAGACGACGCAGACAUACAGAAUAACGCGUCUGAGGUUGUACAGCCGCUGCAACAAGGUGAUCCCCAGCGUAACUUGAACGCGAAAUUUGCUGAAGUGGCCUCGGAGAGUGGUAUUGAGCGCACGGGUAUACUCUGCCCUACAUCACUACACAUUGAAGACAGUAGUUCAAGCAGUGAGACGGAGGUUGAUGAUGGUCGACGCGAUACCAAUCUCUCAGAUGAUUCUCCAGACACCGACAUCAACGUUACCAGAGCUGGCGAUAGCUCGGAGGACUACAUGGCCUUUGAUUCAGACGGCGAGAAUGAUGAUGGCUUCGAUAACAACGAUGAAGAUCUUGAUUUUAAGGCACCCGAUCCAUAUGACGAUGACAUUGCAGCCCCUCCUGACAUGAUGUUCGGUGAUGACCUCCUUGCUGCUGUUGGCGGUGUCGACGGCAUUACUGUGGAGGCUUUUGGGCAGAGGAAUAAAGCUCAUAUUCUUCGUGAAAUCUCAAACAGUGGAUGGUCUGAUGCUAAAACUCAAGAACCUUAUCCCUACAUGGAUGGUCCCUACGAAACCCGCCCUCCCAAUUCAAUGUAUCACGACUAUCCUGGUCUGUACGACGGAGACUAUGGACCAACCCCGGAGGCCCUGGCUGCGGCAUCAACCCCGAUGACCAGCUUCUUCUUCUUUAUGACUCCGCGAUUGUGGGACGACAUUGCUAUGACUAGUGAAGCGUACUUUCAUGAGAAGUUGGAAGAGCGCGUCGCCGUGUAG